CUGCAUUCGCCUUGUAAUGUAUUCCCGUGAUCGCAUCGCCAUCUUGUUGCAAUCCCUCUUUUACGUGUGAGAAAGCAUUUAUCCAAGGAAUAUAUUUUUACUAAUUUUCUUUCCGGUGAGAGGAAGAAAGGAAUAAACUAAGUGCGCGUUCGUGUCUGCUGCGUUCCAGACAGUGCUCCCAGGCGGAUCUCGGCUGUGCCUUUUUUCUUCUGUCCUGGGCGAUCGGGUAGCCUACGGUGAGGGGCGCACGAUGAGCAUCGAUACUCUUCUGGAAGCGGCCAGAUAUCUGGAAUGGCAAGCCCAGCAACAACAGAUCACACAUGAGGAGGAGCGUUGCAGAGAGAAGGCGGAGCUUCACAGCCGGGAGGCAGAGUCCAGACGAGCAGAGGUUGUGACCUGUGCGGACCAGCCAAUCAGAUUCAACCAUGUCACCUGGGGGCCAUCACAGCAUUGGCCUGAGUCAUCACAACAUUGUCAGCACCAGCACCUCUCUCCCUCCUCUCACCCUCUUCCCCUCUCCCUCCCUCCUCCCCCCAUCUCCAUCGCUGUCAUCCCCAUGGUACCCGUUGUCACAGCUACGCCCUCUGUACCGCCCCUUCCCGUCAUCACGACGAUCGCUGCUGCGGCAACCUCGCUCCACCUCGGAGGCACCCAGGUGAUGAAGGGAGGCUCCUCCCCUACUCAGCAGCAGCCAAUCCAGCGCCAGCUGGCAGCCCAGGUGAAGGCGGAGCCUAACUCGAUGACACCACAGACGGGCGGAAGCCCUAGCCAAUCCCAACCUCCAAUUCAGAUUCCGUACCCGAACUCCAUCAUCACCAAAGCCGCUUCCCAACAUGCACUACUUCCACAGCAAGCCAUUCCCACGCAGCCACGCCCAAACGGAACCAUCAUGGAUGACCUGAGAGGGUUGGACGGGAAGAGACGACCUGGAGGAGCUGGAACCAGAGAGGUGCACAACAAACUGGAGAAGAACAGAAGAGCUCACUUGAAGGAUUGUUUUGAUACACUGAAGAAGAACGUUCCAAACGUAGAUGAGAAGAAGACCUCCAACCUCAGUGUUCUACGCAGUGCCCUGCGAUACAUACAGACUCUGAAGCGAAAGGAGAAGGAGUAUGAACACGAGAUGGAGCGUCUGGCGAGAGAGAAGAUCUCCACGCAGCAGAGACUGGCUGAGCUGAAGAACGAGCUGAGUCAGUGUAUGGACGUUAUGGAGAUAGACAAGGUUCUCAGACAGACCGUACAACCAGAGGAUGACCAGGCUUCUACUUCUACUGCCUCAGAAGGAGAAGACAACUUUGACCAGGACAUUGAUGAAGACCUCUCCCCUCCUCCUCCACCCUUCUCCCUCCCCAUUAUACAGGCCAAAUCAUUCCUCACUCCUCACCUCUCCAUCACACACAAGACCCUUUCCUCUGGGGUUCUGACCAGCCCCUCCCUCUUGGCCCCCCCGCCUCACCCCCAAGCUAUCGCCCCCGCCCCCCCACCUCACCCCCAUCCGACCGUCCAAGUCUCACCCAAAGUCAUCACCCACCCUUCCGUCAUCCAGGCUGUCAAUCACGUCCUCCCGGCUAAUCACAAACACCUUACGCACAUCGCUCCCUCUCCCAGUCCUGCCUCCUCCAUCUCGCAGCCAAUCACAGCAGCCGCCGCCGCUGCCCACCAGACAAUCACGGCCCAACCCAUCGGACACAUCACCGUCCACCCUGUGGCCCACCUGGGGGGUCCCCUGCCCCCCCACAUGUACCCCCAGGGAUUGACGGUCUCCCAGCCCACGGUGUUGGGGCAUAUCACCCACACCUUCACCCACCACACUCUUCCCCACGUCCAGGCUAGCCAUGCUACCGCUAACGUGCCCCAGGUCAAUGGGGCGGCUGUGCCUGGCCAGUGUGGCUCGUCCCUGGGGAAGCCCACAACCAUGCUGGCCCACCACCACCACCACCACCAUCACCACCCACAGCUGGUGGGACAAACCACCGUCCUCAACCCAGUCACCAUGGUGACUGUACCACCCUUCCCUGUUAGCACACUCAAACUGGCCUGAGAGACAGGACAGGGAGGGGAGAGAGUGAGAGGGCGCGAGAGACAGCGGGAGGGAGAGAGGGCGUGACAGAGAGAGAGAGAGGGGGCGACAGAGAGAGAGAGAGAGAGAGAGCGCGACAGAGGGAGAGGGCGCGACAGAGAGAGAGGGCGCGACAGAGGGAGAGGGCGCGACAGAGAGAGCGAGGGCGCGACAGAGCGAGGGAGGGUGCGACAGAGAGAGCGAGGGAGGGUGCGACAGAGAGAGAGGGCGCGUCAGAAAGAGCGAGGGAGGGUGCGACAGAGAGAGGGCGCGUCAGAAAGAGCGAGGGCGCGACAGAGAGAGAGAGGGUGCGGCAGAGAGGGAGAGGGUGCGACAGAGAGAGAGCGGGGGUGCGACAGAGAGAGAGGGGGUGCGACAGAGAGAGAGGGGGGGUGCGACAGAGAGAGAGGGGGGGUGCGACAGAGAGAGAGGGGGGGGGUACGACAGAGAGAGAGGGGGGGUACGACAGAAAGAAAGGGUGCGAGAGAGGGAGAGAGAGAGAGAGAGAGAGAGGGAGGGUGCGAGAGAGAGAGGGAGGGUGCGACAGAGAGAGAGAGGGAGGGUGCGACAGAGAGAGAGGGAGGGUGCGACAGAGAGAGAGGGAGGGUGCGACAGAGAGAGAGGGAGGGUGCGACAGAGAGAGAGGGAGGGUGCGACAGAGAGAGAGGGAGGGUGCGACAGAGAGAGAGGGAGGGUGCGACAGAGAGAGAGGGAGGGUGCGACAGAGAGAGGGGGAGGGUGCGACAGAGAGAGGGGGAGGGUGCGACAGAGAGAGGGGGAGGGUGCGACAGAGAGAGGGAGGGUGCGACAGAGAGAGGGGGAGGGUGCGACAGAGAGAGAGAGGGUGCGACAGAGAGAGAGAGAGGGUGCGACAGGGAGGGAGGGUGUGACAGUUCGCUUCAACAUUUGCUACACAGUGUGACAUUUGUACCAUUCAACGUUUUGCUCCCGUUUGGUGAGUAUAGCGAGGUGUGGCCUGAUCAAUAUGGGUGUGACCAUUUGAAAUCUCAAAACUCAUGCAGCAACACCAUAUAUUAAUCGCCCUCUUUGCCUCUGUAAUCACAAAGCUUAUCAACUGGUCGUUCAGUACAGUUUCCGCUGAAUUCAACGUUGCACACCGUUCUGUCGUACUGAAUGCAACCCUGGACUCAAAUCACAAUCUGACGGAGAGGGCAGGAAGAGAAAGAGCGAGUGAAGCCGUUGGUGCUCAUUGAUCCCAGGUACCAAGGAGUACAUGAUCAGGUUGAUUCAGACUACAGGAUUUGUGACCAGAACAUUCCUCCCCAGAACAUUAACUCUCAAGACUUAUGGGUAGCACCCAAAUUGUACCCGAUUCCAUAUAUAGUGCACUACUAUGGGCCCUAGUCAAAAUAGGAAGUGAAUAGGAAAUAGGAUGCCAUUUGGGACAGAUCCAUGGAUGACCUCAUACAUGAAUUGUUCUCGAGGACACUGACUCCUGUUAUAGCCAGAGCCUGCAUUGGGUAGCAGUCACCUGUAGACACAGGUUGUCUACCCGCCGCCAGUCUUUCUCGUUCCCUCUCUCAUCUCCUCAGACGCACUAACGUAAGAUGAAUAUUCACUCAGGCAUCAGGGGUCCUACUCAUUCAUUCAUAAAACCGUACCACAACAUUGCAGCCUCAUCCAGGACUGCUCUUCUCCUGCUCAUUGCCCCCCCUGCUGCCCGUCUCCCAUCAUAGCCACUGAAAACCUUAUCCUGGUGUUAGAACAAGGGAACAGCUCUGGGGGCUGGACACAUAGCAUACCUGCUGUGUAUGUGUGAGAGAGAUAGUGAAUUAUAUGCCCCUUUGCCAGCCUAUGCAUGUCUGACUACGUUCGAGUCACCAUCAUAUAUGUAUGUAAGCAAUCUCAUAUGGUCCUACUGGUUGUUUCAGGUGUGUGUGUGUGUGCGCGUAUGCCUAUAUUCAGUAGGUUUUCUAUUCUACACUAUGGUGGAUAAAUCUACUGUUCCUGGUGCAUGGUUCUAUUUCUGUUGUAGCAUUUUGACGUGUGUGUGUGUGUGUGUGUGUGUGUGUGUGUGUGUGUGUGUGUGUGUGCAUGCAGCGCGCUCCUGUCGGUGUGUAAUCAGUCAUAACAUUCUCCUUCAACCAUAGCACUGUGACAACCUUGAUCUACACCCGGAGAUGAUCUGAGAGCAAGCAGAAAAGCAUUGGGUGUGAUGUCCCUUUUGUGUUCAAGUGUGUGUGUUUGGUAGGAGAGCGACUGAAACGUGGGGGGGGGAACUAAAUAUUUUCUCUUUAGAACACUCUGAUGUUUGACUUUUCUAAUAUAUGUGUGUAGGUACGUAUGGGUGUAUUUUUGUAUAUGUGUGAUUGUAUGCACGUUGUUUUGCAUAUACAUGUGUGUAUUUUACUCUUUAACCUUGCAUGUAGAUUGCGAUUUAGGUUCCGUUUCAAUGUAGUUUUUUUUUGUAUGUUUCUUUCUGGGACCAUGUACAAUAUUGUAUGAUGUGGGCAGGAUCUUGGACCUCAUGCUACAAUGUUAUUAUAUAUAAAUAUAAAACACAGAUGUUUUCCCUAUGGAGAAAGUUGAAGUUAUAUAUCGCCUGUACACUUUGGGCUGCCUUUUGGAUCCAACUGUCCACCAUGUUUAAAGAUAACAACAGUACUACAAACUAUUCAUUAGGACAAAAGUAUGAUGAAAACAAAUAAUAAUGAAGAUUCUUAAUAAAUCAUAUUACAUUUACUACA